UACGUGCCUCUUCGCCAUCUCUCCCGAAGCCUCCAUCUUCUCUCUCCGAUUCCGCCACGCGCAGCGAACGCUCCACUUGUGUGUGUGUCUCGCUCGCUGCUGUGAGUAACUACUGCGAGAGAUGGCGGCGGCGGAGGCGAAGCAGCGGGAGGAGGAGGAGGAGGAGGAGAUGACGCUGGACGACGGCGACAUCGAGGAGAGCCCGCGCCGCAGCUUCGAGGACGGCGACUCCGAGGACGGCGGUGACGAGGAGCGGGAGGAUGACGAGGGGUUGGGAUCGCCUCGGUCGUUCCAGUCGCGCCAGUGGCCGCAGAGUUACCGAGAAACAACCGACACAUAUACAAUUGCUGCGUCUCCGAGCUUUGGUUACUUGGGUCCCUCUACAAGCAAAUACUCGAUCUUUGAAGGUGGCCGUAGUAGUCUAGGAUCCGACCUGAAGUUGCCCUUGUUAUCUGAUAAGCUAGAUGGGAAGCAGGAAUCUGUCAAGAGCUUGCGAAAGACUCUUGGUUCAGCGAUAGAUGGGAAAAGCUCAUUUCUUACGCAACAUACUGGAGAAGUCUACAUCGGUCAAGGAUGCAGUGUAACACAAACAGUGUUCAACGGGGUUAAUGUCCUUGCCGGUGUUGGACUUCUUUCCACUCCAUUUACAAUUCAUGAAGCUGGAUGGGUAGGCCUUGCGGUCCUAGCUAUGUUUGCUAUUGUUUGCUGUUAUACUGGAGUUCUGAUGAAAUACUGUUUUGAGAGCAAAGAUGGUAUUUCUACAUAUCCAGACAUCGGUGAGGCUGCUUUUGGAAGGAUUGGUCGUCUGCUGAUAUCUAUUAUACUGUAUACUGAGCUAUAUUCAUAUUGUGUGGAAUUCAUUAUUUUGGAAGGAGAUAAUAUGACAUCAAUUUUCCCCCAUAUUGGUUUUGAUUGGCUUGGCAUCCAUGUUGAUGGGAAACAUUUCUUUGGAGUGUUAACUGCUCUUGUAGUCUUGCCCACAGUAUGGUUGCGAGAUCUUCGGGUUCUUUCCUACCUUUCUGCGGGUGGUGUUAUUGCAACUCUUCUGGUUUUCCUUUCCGUUGGUCUAGUCGGCGCUACUGAUGGUGUAGGGUUUCAUUUGACUGGGAAAGCAGUAAACUUAAGUGGUAUACCGUUUGCUAUUGGUAUUUAUGGUUUCUGCUACUCUGGGCACUCGGUGUUUCCAAACAUCUACCAAUCAAUGUCAGACCGCACGAAAUUCACUAAGGCAUUGUUUAUAUGCUUUGCAAUCUGCACAGCAAUAUAUGGCUCGUUUGCUAUUAUGGGCUAUCUGAUGUUUGGAGAGAAGACUCUCUCACAAAUAACUCUGAAUCUUCCUAAACAUUCAUUUGCCUCCAAGGUCGCACUAUGGACCACGGUGAUCAACCCUUUCACCAAAUAUGCCCUAUUGUUGAACCCAUUGGCUCGGAGUUUAGAGGAAUUGCGCCCUGAAGGAUUCUUGAACGAAACCAUCUGCUCUAUUAUACUGAGGACUGCACUUGUUGCAUCAACUGUGUGCAUUGCGUUUCUUAUGCCAUUUUUCGGUCUCGUGAUGGCUCUUAUUGGAUCUCUUUUGAGUAUACUUGUGGCCGUCAUAAUGCCUGCACUGUGCUUCUUGAAGAUCAGACAAAAUAAAGCAACAACUCCACAGAUCAUUGCAAGUGUUGGUAUAGUGAUAUUGGGCAUCAUCAGUGCUGCUCUUGGAACGUACUCCUCCGUAGUCAAAAUUGUGGAGAAUUACUAAGCUUUACAAGCCUAGCUGUCGUGCGGUUCCAUUAGGUCAGACCACAGGCAUCAGGCAUGUCAUAUACUCAUCCUGCUUAUGGUUAAUUGGUUAUGGCCCUCAGAAAUGGUGAGAUACAUAUAAUAGGUCCUCGGGCUUUUGCUAGAAUUACCGUGUUCAUUGUAAAUUAUUCGACCCAACAACGUAAUCUAUGUACCUUCGUAGCUGCUUCCUUACCA